CACUGCUGGUGUCGACGUUUCGUGGCGAAUGGCUAAAACCUAAUAAUAAAGAAAAGAAAAAGAGUCAAUUUAGUGCAUUUACUUGCAAUAAAACCCCCUUAAAUCCUAGCUAGAGUUUAAGAUAGGCCUCUAUCGACGCAAGGAAGCCAGUAGCAAAAGCGGUCUCAGUCCCAGCGAAACAAGGGGAAAGCAAAAAGUAUCAAAAUGUCGGAAAUGCAAAUGGAUUGUGCUUUGGAUCUGAUGCGGAGGCUGCCGCCCCAGCAAAUCGAGAAGAACCUCAUCGAUCUGAUAGACUUGGCACCGGAUCUCUGCGAGGAUUUGCUCUCCUCGGUGGAUCAGCCUUUGAAGAUUGCCAAGGACAAGGAGCAUGGCAAGGAUUACCUGUUGUGCGACUACAACCGAGAUGGUGACUCCUACAGAUCCCCGUGGUCGAAUUCCUACUAUCCCCCGCUGGAGGAUGGCCAAAUGCCCUCGGAACGACUGAGGAAACUGGAAAUCGAGGCCAACUAUGCCUUCGAUCAGUACCGCGAGAUGUACUACGAGGGAGGAGUCUCAUCGGUGUAUCUAUGGGAUCUGGAUCAUGGCUUUGCCGCGGUUAUAUUGAUCAAGAAAGCGGGCGAUGGCAGCAAGAUGAUUCGCGGCUGCUGGGACUCGAUUCAUGUGGUGGAGGUGCAGGAGAAGACCACCGGCAGGACGGCCCACUACAAGCUCACCUCGACGGCAAUGCUGUGGCUGCAGACGAAUAAGCAGGGCUCGGGCACCAUGAAUCUGGGUGGAUCCCUCACCCGGCAGCAGGAGCAGGAUGCCAAUGUGAGUGAAUCGUCGCCGCAUAUCGCUAAUAUUGGCAAAAUGGUCGAGGAGAUGGAGAACAAGAUCCGGAACACGCUGAACGAGAUCUAUUUCGGCAAAACCAAGGACAUUGUGAACGGCUUGAGGAGCACACAAUCGCUGGCCGAUCAGCGCCAGCAGGCGGCCAUGAAACAGGACCUCGCAGCGGCCAUUCUGCGACGCAAUGUCAAGCCCGAAUCGAACUGAGCACCGAGCGGCUGAAGGCUGAAUUUUCACAUGAAAAAACCAUCCAGUCUACGAGGGGUCUGUUCUUGAAAUAGGGUAAUUAAUAAGCGAAUUGUAAGGCCUAGAAAUAUUAUCUUAAUGAGAGGCAUUUCCUUAAUAUUUAAACUGCACCCAAACAAUUCCCUGUUACUCACUCUUUUUCACACAGAGUUUAUAAGACCCCUUUUAGCCUGGACCAAGAGCAGACUAAAAAUAUUAAAUACGCAUUUCUAGGCAGUAAAUUUGUUACAUGAGAGAAAAUUGUUACAACACAAAACAAACAUAUUAAAGUAAAUCCUCCCCACAUUGUUGCAAUCUAGAGUCGCGCUUCAUCCACAGUUCAGCCGAAAAUGCCAACUUCGCCGCCCUCAAGACAGUAUCCAUAAGUAUUUGUAUCUUAUUUGUAAUAAUGCAUAUUUGCACCGAAGCCGAGGCACUUGAGUUUCGUUCUUAAUCCUUCCGCGAAUAAAUAUUGUGUUUAUUAAUUGUGACUUUGUGUUUGUGUGUACUCUAACAAUUAGGAGCUCGAAGCAAAAGAAUAUUAACUAAAAUCGCUUUGUGAUUGUAUUAUCCGAGGAAAUGCACAUUACCUUUUCUUCUUUACUUAAUAUUUUUUAACAAACAUUUUUGGAAGGCAAGGAGAAAUUUUAUACAAAGAGAAAACUAAUAAAUAUUGAAUUAUA